CGAUAAUCUUGAGGCAUUGCAAACAGCGUGGUUCAUGAUGUGGGACAGGGUGCAGUGAGCAUGAGUAUAUCACAUACAUGCAAGAUACCAACGCACUUCGUUCGUCACAUCAGUCGGAUCUCUCCCCAACGUUCUCCCCACCCUCUUUCCCACUCACUCAUCCGUCAGUCAUUUGGCGCCGUAGAUGCGCUGCCACUCUUCGUGCUUGGCGACGUCAUCCAAGUUGACGGAUGGGGCUGUGCUCUCAAGCGCCUGAUCGGCCAACACAAGGCACAUAGCAGUGGUUGACUAGCGUGCCGCCUCUCGUUCUCUGUGUUGGCCUUUCUCACCUUUCUGAAAUCAUCUUCCGACACCUUAGGAGCCUGACGGACAUGCACGCAAACACACAACACAGACAGACAGACAGACAGACAGUGCACCGAAUAUGAAGUCCACACCGGCAUGUACUACAGACCUGUGGCAGCCUUCCUUCAUCCUUCAUUUGUUUGAUCUCCAAUGCCGUCUUGUUGGCGAUGAGCCGCCGCAUUGGCUCCAUGCACGCCUCGCGACACAACAAAUGAAUGUCUGAACCUGACACGCACAGACCACAGGGAGACCAGUCCGCGAGGGGAGGGGAAGAUUGCCUUUCCUGUCUGACCUGAGAAGCCUUCGGCUUGUGCGGCGAGCUCCUCAAUCGACACGUCAUCCCCUACCUGCAUGACCAAAGAGGGAACAGGCACACAGCCACAGCCAUGCGUGGACAGGCAGCAUGGGCAUUGGUCAGCGUCCUCACAUCGACGUUGCGCAGGUUGAGUGUGAACAUGUGCCUCCGCGCCUCGUCGUCAGGCAGGGGUAUGUAGAUCCUCUUCUCCAGCCGCCUCCGCAGUCCCUCGUCGAGGUCCCAUGGCAUAUUGGAUGUCGCCAGCACCAUGACCAGGUUGGACGAAGCGUCCCCACCUUCCCCGUCAGCUGACGCCUCGGCUGCACGACUCAGCAGCCCAUCCAUUUGACUCAGCACCUCAGCCUUAAACCUGAACGAGUGCACAUUCGAACCUAUGUCAUGUUUCCCGGUCGUUGCGAUGCGCGUGCCUUCUGGAGGCUUCGUGUUCGGCCGCCGUGCCCCUCUGCGACAUGAGGGCAUCGAUCUCAUCAAAGAAAAUUAUUGACGGAGCUCGACGACGAGCCAUCUGCACACAUCAAAGCAGAAGAAGGGUAGUAGGACCUGCCCCACAUGUCCAUUCGUCUGUUAGUCAUCUUACCUGGAAGAGCGCUCGCACCAGUUUCUCCGAUUCCCCCCGCCACUUGGACACGAGAGACGCGGCAGUGCAGUUGAAGAAGGUCAAGUGGCCCAUCGAUGCAACGGCCUUCGCCAGUAGCGUCUUGCCCGUGCCAGGCGGACCAAACAUUAAUACGCCCUUCCACGGCUCCCGAAUCCCUGCCGUCACACAUGUAUCACAUGAAUGAUGCGGCGCCGAUGGGUUCUUCGAGCCUCAGUGUACCUGUGAAGUAUUCGGGAACGAUAAGAGGCAGCACUACUGCCUCAGUCAGUAAACGCUUGGCGUCAUCGAGAGCAGCGAUGUCAUCAAAACUCACAUCUGCAGAACACACACACACAGCAAGAAGACCCCACAGAAUGCCACUCGCCGCAUGUAUUAUGUAUGUGACCACCCGUCGACUCACUGAGUGAUGUCUGGAGUACGUCCUGUUCGAUGGCGCCCGCAAACUCCAUCUCCUCUCGCGCCCCUGGUGGCACCACACCCAUGCCAAUCCCCACACCCCCACCUCCAACACCAUCCCGCCGCACCGCCUGCUGUGGACGCGCCCUUGGCGGAAUGGCUGCGCUGCUGACACGAGGCGCUGAAGCGCUCUCAUCGUUCGUCCUCACAGCGUCCCUGUCAGGCAGUGCGAUGGCGGUUGACGACGACGCGCUCGCAGGUGCUGGUCUCUCUCCUUGUGUGUUGGCCUCAUCUUCGGGAGGCUGGCACGAUGCAGGGUUGAUUUGGCCGCCUGGCGGCUCCCGCAGCGACACGCAGAAGCGCCUGACGUACAUGCGUGUCUUGCCGUAGACGCCGAUGCCGAUGCAGGGGCAGAGCUCCCGGGGAGUGGGGAGCUUGUCGAUGACCAGCACGCCGUUGAGGUACACACAGAUGGAACUCGGGGUGCACUCUAGCCGCACGUUGAUGUAGCGGUUGGGCUGCAAAACGGAGCAGCCGGGGAGGCUCUGCAGAGUGCGCGACUGCCCACGAGGACGAAAGGACUCCACACGGAAAUCCCUGAAUAAACGAUGGUAUCAAAUUGUUUUCGCCGCAUUGAUUCCUGAAUGUGUCUUUUGGGCGAGCUUGCCUUGUCGAUGUGUUGAAUUGCAGCGAGGUGAAGUCACAUCCAGAUGAAUAGUCACAGGCCUGAAUGCAGACAUCACCCAGCAGUGACAGAUAGAUUCAGUUGCCUCCUUUCCAGUUCAUGCCUCGGACUGACCUUCUGUGUGUCGAAGAGCAGAUGCAUGACUUGUCCGUCGAAGGGCCCUUGAGGCGCCACCUUCAUGUCCGCCUUGAUGACGAAGGAUCCCGACGCCAGCCGGGCCCUCUCCUCCGCCUUGCCCUCAUACGUGGCGAUGCAAUGCCCUGCAACCAACCAUUCAGUAUCCAGCCACAGGCAUCGACGAAGGUGUCAUUGUGUGUUGGUCUGCUGUCACCGAUGUGAGUGCCCUCCAGCACCACAGCAUUCGACUCUUUCUUGGAGAGAUAAAGUCGGCCUCGCUCCGUCUGCUGAAGCUGCAACAGACAACACUCAGCCAAGGAAAGCGUCGAUGCAGACAUAUCGUUUGUGCAUGUUCUCACCCAUCCGACGUCUUCUGGCGGUUCAGAUGCACCGGCCGCGUCUUGGGAGGAGGGAGGACCAUCGCUUGGCACGGCAAGAAGCCGCGAGCCUCCGAGGCCGCUGCCGCUCCGCGAUGGACCGGCGAUACCCCUACCACCAGGCCUAAUAGACACACUCAUUUGUUUGUCUGCACCUUCUCUGUUUCCACCUUGCCUACCCAUCGGCAUUUGUAGUCCUGUGUGGCCGGAUGCCCUCCCGCGCCAGCUGAUGCACCUUCCCGUGACCAUUCUUUUUUGCUCCCGCGCCGAUGGGUUGGAAUGGAACUGAAGCCCUCCUCUUUCUCUCGGGCUCCUGCACCAAUCAGCACACAUGCAGCAAUCAAAUCAUGCAAGGGAUGAAAUGAAAAAGCACCAGGGCUGUCUUCUGCCUACUCGAGGCGCAGGCUUGUCCGCAGUUGAAGAAGGAAAGCGAUAGGUCAGAUCCACAGGCUGCAUCGCCGUGCUCCUCCGACGCUCUGGCGGGGCCGCAACUUGAAGUCUGCACAUCCAUUGACUCUCUUGACUCAUCCAGCCUUUUGGUGCUUCAUCAGAGUUACCGUGUCGAGUGCGAAGGCCGCAUGAGAUGGUCGCCGGAGAAGUUGUCCAUCGCUGCUGAAGCGUGAGCGAAGAAAUGAUCCAUGGAGCUGAGGCGCGAGAAUGGCGCCAUGAAUGGACUGCUGAAGAAGCCGUCCAUUCUCGCAAAGCAGGAGCGGUU